UCAGGGGCGGGGAGAGGGCGGUCUCAGCCAAUGGUCGCGGGGGGCGCGCGCAGGGCGGGAAAUGGCGGCGGCGGCAGCAGCUUUAGUGCUGGAGCGGCUUGAGGCCCUGUCGUGCCCUCCUGUGGCGCCACUGCUGCCUCUGGAUCCCACGCAGGCGCUGCGGCUGCUCUGCACCCCUUCCGCCCAGCGCCUGGAGCUGCUCGAGUGGCUCUGCCUCCGGGUGCAUCCUCCCCUCGCCAACCGCCUGGCUGCCCUGCAGGAUGGGCCUCGCAACGCCCGCCUGCAAGUGGCCGCACUGGGAGCAAAGCUGAUGCUAUGCCGGAAGGACGACCUGGCGCUGGUAGAGGGGACAGCUUCCCCUGAGCGGCAGCUGGAGUUCAUCGAGGACCUCCUGGACGCAGGGGGUGGCAGUGGGGUCUGUGACAAAGACAGGUGCAUCCCCGUCACUCAGUUCCUGCACGAGGUUUUGGAGACCCCUGAGGGAAAGGCGGCCCUGAGCCCCCCCGAGCCCCCAACGCCCCCCCUGUUGGAUGACGACUGCCCCCGGCCCAGGAGCCCCUGUUCCCGUCCCUCGGCGCUGGAGCUGGAGGCAGUGCUGGCAGGGCUGAGGCAGCGCCUGGAGCUGCUGGAGGCGCAGAGCCCCGAGCUCGUGGGGUCUCCUGGCCUGGCCCCCCCAGCUCUGCCUGUGCUGGGAGUGGCGACGCGCGACCUGGCCGCCCUGGCUACCGCCUUCGGGGCGACAGAGCUGGGGGGGCCCUGGGGGACCCUGGGAAUGGGGAGCGACCCCCCCCUCGCCCCCUGCGGCGCCCUGGCUCCCCCCGUCUGGCAGGGCCUGCAGAGGCUGAAGCAGUCCCUGGGGGCCGUGCUGCAACUGAGAGAGACGGCAGAGGAGGUGGUGCAGCUGACGGGGGGAGCGCAGCACCACACCAUGGAGACCCAGGUGGCGGCGCUGCAGCAGUGCUUUGGGGGGGGGGCCCUGCACUGAGCGCUCCCCCCUUAAUUGAGAUGAUUAAAAAGGACUAACGCCAACAAAGACAUGAAACAUGGCACAUGGUUCCUGCAUGGGUGUAACGCGUGUUGCCAAGUGUGGAAGCAGCACAAGUUCCCCACAGGUGUGUAACACGUCAGCACACGUGGGAGUGACGCAAAGCCCUUACACGUGUGUGACACGCAUGUUGGAGAGCAACACAAAGAACAGAACACGUGUGUCAGUGCAUGUGGCUGUGACACAAGGCCUCUGCAGGCGGGUAACGUGUUGGGGGCAGCGUGACCAACACAGGCGUGUCACAUGUGUGCCCGGGGUGCAAGCACACGUGUGUGCAAGGAUGGCUGCACUGGGGCUGGGAACACGGGGGGCUCCAGUAACGACUGACAGUGCCUUAA